GCUGGAGCCGCGGAUCAGCUGCAGCCGCGGCGUCCGGGCUGCCUCCCUGCUGCCUCCUCCCUCCCUGUGCAGUUGCAGCUUCACUCAGCAAGCUUUUGUCACGGCUUCAACAGGCGGGAUCAGAUAUCCUUGAUUGGCAGAAGGCAUCUCAAAAUGUUGUGUCGAGCUGCUCUGAGCCCUCUUGCCUGUUCCCCUGGAUGGUGCUUUGUGUUACCGUCACGUGCCAUCGCAGCCAUUUCUCGUUUGUAUCUCCCUCGCCAUACCUUGAGAUCAAGAAAUGAAUCCAUCCGUUGUUGGAGCAACAUCCCAUUCAUCACCAUGCCACUCAGCCGUGCGCAUGGCAAAUCAUUUGCGCACCGCAGUGAGCUGAAACAUGCCAAGCGGAUUGUAGUGAAGCUGGGCAGUGCUGUUGUGACUCGAGGAGAUGAGUGUGGCUUGGCUCUUGGGAGGCUGGCAUCCAUUGUGGAGCAGGUGUCAAUGCUGCAGAAUCAGGGCCGAGAGAUGAUGAUUGUCACCAGUGGAGCUGUAGCUUUUGGAAAACAGCGAUUGCGUCAUGAGAUCUUGCUUUCUCAGAGUGUGAGGCAAGCACUUCACUCAGGCCAGAGUCAACUAAAGGAUAUGGCAAUUCCAGUGUUGGAGGCCAGAGCCUGUGCAGCAGCUGGUCAGAGUGGACUCAUGGCCCUGUAUGAAGCCAUGUUUACACAAUAUAGCAUCUGUGCAGCGCAGAUUUUAGUUACCAACCUGGAUUUUCAUGAUGAGCAAAAGCGUCGAAACUUAAAUGGAACAUUGCAUGAACUUCUAAGAAUGAAUAUCGUCCCUAUAAUUAACACUAAUGAUGCUGUUGUUCCACCUCCAGAGCCAAAUAGUGAUCUGCAGGGGGUAAAUGUGAUUAGCGUGAAGGAUAAUGAUAGUUUGGCAGCACGACUGGCUGUGGAAAUGAAGACUGAUCUCCUGAUUGUUCUCUCAGAUGUAGAAGGACUCUUUGACAGCCCUCCAGGAUCCGAUGAUGCAAAGCUCAUUGACAUAUUCUACCCGGGAGACCAGCAGUCUGUGACAUUUGGUACCAAAUCCAGAGUAGGAAUGGGAGGCAUGGAAGCCAAGGUGAAAGCAGCUCUGUGGGCCCUCCAAGGAGGCACCUCUGUAGUUAUUGCAAAUGGAACCCACCCGAAGAUCUCUGGUCAUGUCAUCACAGACAUUGUAGAUGGCAAAAAAGUCGGCACAUUUUUUUCGGAAGUAAAACCUGCAGGCCCUACAGUGGAGCAGCAGGGUGAAAUGGCUCGAACUGGUGGCAGGACUCUGGCAGCUUUGCAGCCUGAACAGAGAGCAGAGAUUAUCUAUCGUCUUGCUGAUUUACUAACUGAUCAGAGAGAGGAAAUUCUCUUGGCAAACAAAAAAGACUUGGAAGAGGCUGAAAAUAAAGGAAGAUUGGCACUUCCUUUGUUGAAACGACUCACUCUCUCUACAUCGAAGUUGAAUAGCUUGGCUAUCGGGCUGCGUCAAAUUGCAGCAUCCUCGCAGGACAGUGUUGGCCGGGUAAUUCGGAGAACACGAAUAGCAAAAGACUUAGAGUUGGAGCAGGUGACUGUGCCUAUUGGUGUCCUUCUUGUGAUCUUUGAAUCUCGUCCUGACUGUCUUCCACAGGUGUCUGCUUUGGCUAUAGCCAGUGGAAAUGGCUUACUGCUUAAAGGAGGGAAAGAAGCUGCAUACAGCAAUCAAAUCCUUCAUCAUCUGACACAAGAAGCACUCUCCAUUCACGGGGUCAAAGAUGCAGUGCAACUAGUGAACACAAGAGAGGAAGUAGAAGAUUUGUGCCGCUUGGAUAAACUAAUAGAUCUAAUCAUUCCACGUGGUUCAUCCCAGCUAGUCAAGGAUAUCCAGAAAGCAGCUAAGGGAAUCCCAGUGAUGGGACACAGUGAAGGAAUCUGCCAUGUGUAUGUGGACGUGGAUGCCAGUGUUGAGAAGGUCACAAGAAUAAUCAGAGACUCAAAGUGUGAAUACCCUGCUGCCUGUAAUGCUCUGGAAACUCUCUUAAUUCAUCGAGACUUGCUGAGAACCCCAUUGUUUGAUCAAAUCAUAGACAUGUUGAGAAUAGAACAGGUGAAGAUUCAUGCUGGCCCAAAGUUUGCCUCCUAUUUAACAUUCAGCCCCUCAGAAGUGAAAUCUCUCCGCACUGAAUACGGCGACCUUGAGUGCUGCAUUGAGGUGGUGGACAGUGUCCAAGAGGCUGUUGAACAUAUCCACAAGUAUGGAAGUUCUCACACAGAUGUUAUCAUCACAGAGAAUGAAAAAACAGCAGAGUUCUUCCUCCAACAUGUGGACAGUGCUUGCGUCUUCUGGAAUGCCAGCACCCGAUUCUCUGAUGGUUAUAGAUUUGGACUUGGUGCUGAAGUUGGAAUUAGCACUUCCCGUAUCCAUGCACGUGGGCCAGUGGGAAUUGAAGGACUCCUGACUACAAAAUGGUUGCUGAGAGGGGAUAGUCAUGUUGUUUCUGACUUUUCAGAGCAGGGCAGCAUGAAGUAUCUUCAUGAGAGCCUCCCUCUCCCACAGAGAAAUACCAGCUAAGAACAUCUAGUGGAAAACCCAGGUGCUUAAGUGUUACUGAAAAUGGUCAGGCUUCAGGGUACCCUCUGGAGGAGGGAGAUACUUCUUCAUCUUCAGGCACUUUUCAUCAGACGCAUUUUCAGACACAGAUUCAUCACUGUGCAGUAUGAUGAAUACAAACCGAUCCUAUCUGUGAGCCUUUUUUUUUUUUUUACUGGUGCCUACCUUUUCUUAUCUGCAGGCUAACAUCCCUUCCCAGAACAAUGCACCUUUAGAACAAGCAAAUGAUACAAAGGUUUACAUUUUGUGUGUUCUGUUUUUAUUGCUCCCCAUAGUGAAGUAUGUGUACAAUAUGGUUGGUAGUGUACCAUAAGUUUCUUCUCAGGCCUUCCUGUUCUAUUCAAACAUCAUUUGUCCUAGAGGACAAACUUAAUAGUUUCUCUUUAGUUUUAUGGCUUUAAGAGCUCUUGAGAAAGCUCUGAAUUUUUGUCAUUUUUUCUUUGUAUUUGUUCAUACUAUGAUUAAUGGAAUAGAUCUUCAAAAUGCAUAAUGAUGUUUUGACAAAAAAACUUUUAUAUUGCUUUUCUUUGAAUUGUUGACUACUGUAGAUGAGGGUAUCACAGUGUAUAUUAAGUGGAUUUUUUCUUACUUGUACUGAAUGGCUUUUCUCACUGGUUUUAUAUGAAACUUAAUCCCCCUCCACCAAGCGAGACUAUUUUAAAGCUGGGGUUUUUUUCUCUGAACAAAAUUAUUUUAAAAUAAAGUGUAUAAUGCAUAGUCCUUGACACUGCUGUAAUUCUCUAAAAAUGUUUCUGCAUAUAUACCUUCUCAAGUUAAUGAGACUGGCAUUAUGUGUUUUCAGAUAUUACUACUAUUGCUGCUUUACACAACAAGUAAGUAACAACAUAUCCUUUAGUGGAUGGUUGUGCCUCUACUUCUAGAAUGCCAUGUUCUCGGUAUUGGAGUUGACAGAUUUUGACAGAUACAAAUUUGAUUGAUUAGAUUGGAAAUUGAUUGAUAGAUGGUGGAUUUUUUUUCUCCAGCUUGGAGACAGGUGGCCCAGUACAAAAUAGCUAAUUUCUCAUUUUAAGUACUUCUCAUCUUGGAUUUUCAAUGAAAACUAUUUUGUUUCAUACUGGUUUUAAUGAUUACUGUUAAUUUUGGAAUGCCAGAAGACCUCUGGGUCUUCAAAUACAAACCUGAAAGGCUUGUGCUUUAAAUCUUUUUAAAAUUAUUUUUAGAAUGCUCAUGAGUUUUUUUACAAGCUAAAGGGCUAAGAUGCCCUAAGCUUGAGGGCAUCUGGAUCACAAAGUAAAACUUUAAACUAGCACAGGUCUCCAGGACAGUUCAUCUGUACUUUUUGACUGUAAAUAAGGAUGGAUUACAAGCUCUUUGGGUGGACUUAUGUAUACUAUCACCUGUGAAUUUGCUCCGAUCAUCUCUGCUCCUAUGGGGCAAGAGAAAAAAAAAAGGCAAAAAAGAAAAAGCAUAAAAAAAAGCAUAAACCAUAGGAAAGGGAAGCAGGAGCGUAAAACAUCUGUUUGGAAGCCUAGUAUGGUGAAUCACAUUUGAUACUACUACUGAAUGUCUCACCUAGCCACCUGAAGUGACUGUUGUUUCUUUGAGGUUGAAAUUUUACUGCCUGGUACUUGUCUAAUACAACUAUGGAUAUGUUACCUGCAUUUUCUUGGGAGAGUUACAAACCUUAACCUCUGAACUACUAAAUUUAUAACUAUUGGCUCAAGGAAGUAAGACGUUUCACAAAGAGUUCUGGGAAUGGUUUCUAGCCAUGGAAUGAAGACUUGCAGUACCCCAGCUCUCAAACUCAAGCAGUACAAGCUCCAGCAGUGAAGAUGGUGUUGAAGGGAUAUAGCCAAAAGCCUUGGAAUAAGGUCGAAUCCUUGACUUAGUAUUCCAAAUACCUUGGGCACCAGAAGAAGAGACAGCUACAUGUGUUCUAGAGCUGCAGAGGGAAGAUAACUUGGAACUGAAUGUUUGCCAGUUUUUGAAGAGCAGAAGCACCAGUGGCUGAUAAGUUACAUAGAGUAUUUUGGACUUAAGGA